AUGACGUGGAGCGAGGUGGAGUUCGUUCCAGCGCUUCACGGCCCGGUGUGCGAGGCAAGCAUGGCCGUCGUCGGCGGCAAGCUGUACUUCUCCAACCCCACGUCCCGCAAGAGCAGGGGCCUCCUCGGCAUCAGAAGGAGCGAGGACGGGGGGCGGACCUGGAGCGGGGCCUUCGUGCUUCAGCACGAGCGGAGCGGAGGCUACAGCAGCAUCGUCGCGGGCCCCCUGGGCGGAGGAGCGCUCGGAGGCAUUCUCUAUGAAGCUGCAGCUGAAGGAAGUAUUGACUUCAUCACCUUCCCCUUGAGUCUAGAAGGGCCUGACCAUUCUGAGGACAGCGCGCAGCCGCCGGACUACUUCAGGGUUGCGCGGAGCGCCAUGCUCUUCCUGUAUGGGAGGGGAGGGUUCGUGGCGGUCUCGAGCCUCCGCGCCCUCCGGCGGUCCUGCGCGGAGGCCCGGGAGGCGCACCGCAUGGGCGAGCUCCCGGAGCUCGCCGUGGAGCUCUUCGCCAGCGGCGGCGGGCUGCCCACGGAGUUCGUGCGCGCGCCCGCCCGAGCCUUCUCG